AUGGCCACCUACGCCCUGCAGAUCGCUGGACUGGUGCUUGGUGGCGUUGGCAUGGUGGGCACGCUGGCCGUCACCAUCAUGCCUCAGUGGAGAGUGUCUGCCUUCAUUGGAAGCAACAUCGUGGUGUUUGAAAACUUCUGGGAAGGACUGUGGAUGAACUGCGUGAGGCAAGCCAACAUCAGAAUGCAGUGCAAAGUCUAUGACUCCCUGCUGGCGCUGUCUCCGGACCUGCAGGCAUCCAGAGGGCUCAUGUGUGCUGCUUCCGUGCUGUCCUGCCUGGCUUUCGUGACUGCCAUCCUGGGCAUGAAGUGCACCAGGUGCACCGGGGACGAUGAGAAGGUGAAGGGUCACAUCUUGCUGACGGCCGGAAUCAUCUUCAUUGUCACAGGUCUCCUAGUGCUAAUCCCUGUGAGCUGGGUUGCCAAUUCCAUCAUCAGAGAGUUCUACAACCCGAUAGUGGAGACGGCCCAAAAACACGAGCUUGGAGAGGCUCUCUACAUAGGCUGGACCACGGCGCUGGUGCUGAUUGCUGGAGGGGCACUGUUCUGCUGUGUCUCUUGUGCCGGUGAGAAGAGCAGCAGCUACAGGUACUCCGUACCUUCCCACCGCACAACCCAAAAGAGCUAUCACGUGGAAAAGAAGUCGCCGAGCGUGUACUCCAGAAGUCAGUAUGUGUAG